AUAACCCCUGCGUGCUGUCCCGGGCGAAGAGCUGCACCGAGUGCAUCCGAGUGGAUAAGGACUGCUCCUUCUGCACUGACGAGAGCUUUGAAGAGCCUCGUUGCGACUUGCGGGAGAACUUGCUGCGCUACGGCUGCGGGGAGGCCAGCAUCGUGUACACCCGGGGCGAGAUGCAGACCCAGCAGAAUUUCAGUAUCAACACGUCCCUGCAGAGGACCCAGGUGUCCCCCCAGGUCAUGUUCAUGCGGCUGCGAGCUGGGGAGGAGAUGAGCUUCAACAUGGAUGUCUUCCAGCCCUUGGAGAGCCCUGUGGAUCUCUACAUCCUCAUGGACUUCUCCUACUCUAUGUCUGAUGAUCUGGACAACCUCAAAAGCAUGGGCCAAAACCUAGCGGAGUUCCUGCAAGCCCUGACCUCCAAUUACACCAUCGGAUUCGGCAAGUUUGUGGACAAAGUGUCAUCCCCCCAGACAGACAUGAGACCUGAGAAGCUGCGUGAGCCCUGGAACAACGCCGACUCUCCCUUCUCCUUCAAGAACGUCAUCCGCCUGACCAGCAACAUCAACUACUUCAGCCAGGAGCUCAGGAAAGAGCGCAUCUCCGGCAACCUGGAUGCACCUGAGGGCGGCUUUGAUGCCAUCCUGCAGACAGCUGUUUGCAAGGAUAAGAUCGGCUGGAGGAAGGACAGUACUCACCUGCUCGUGUUCUCCACUGAAUCUGCCUUUCACUAUGAAGCUGACGGCACCAACGUCCUGGCAGGGAUCCUGGCAAGAAAUGAUGAGCAGUGUCACCUAGACACCAAUGGCACCUACGUGUAUGACACCAAGCAGGACUAUCCUUCGGUGCCCACCCUGGUGCGCCUGUUGGGACAACACAACAUCAUCCCCAUCUUUGCUGUCACCAACCAUUCCUACAGCUACUAUGAGAAGCUGCACAAGUAUUUCCCCAUCUCUGAGAUCGGGGUGCUCCAGGAGGACUCUUCCAACAUCGUGGAGCUGCUCCGCACAGCCUUUGAGCGCAUCCGCUCCAAGAUGGACAUCCGGGCUGACUUCGUCCCUAAAGCCAUAAAGACAGAGUUCACCUCCUUCAUGUAUGAAAAGACAGAAUCUGGUUCCUUCCACAUCAGCCGUGGGGAAGUGGGCAAGUUCAACAUGCGCUUGAAGGCGCUUGAGCACGUUGGUGGGCAGCACGUCUGCAGCCUCCCUGAGAAAGACCGGCACGGAGUUAUCCAUGUGAAACCCACAUCCCUGAGUGACAGCCUCAAAGUCACGGCCUCUGUCGUCUGUGACGUGUGUCCUUGUGAACAGCAACAAGAGUUUAGCUCGCCCAAGUGCAGCUUCCAUGGGGACUUCGUUUGCGGGCAGUGCAUCUGCCACCCCGGCUG